UAUACACGCAAACCUCCAUGAGUGAGUUAUACUCGCAACCCAAUAAAAAAAUGGAGGAUUUGCCACCUGGUAUUCGCUUCUACCCUACAGAAGAAGAGCUUGUCUCAUUCUAUCUCCAAAACAAGCUUGAAGGCAAAAGGCUUGAUCUCAUCUUGGCCAUGGACAGAAUCAUACCAGUUCUUGAUAUAUAUGAGUUCAAUCCCUGGCAACUCCCACAAUAUGCCGGAGAGCUGUCGAGCAGAGACCCAGAGCAGUGGUUUUUCUUCAUUCCAAGGCAAGAAAGCGAAGCUAGAGGAGGAAGACCAAAGAGGCUAACAAGUGAGGGAUACUGGAAAGCUACGGGAUCUCCUGGUCAUGUUUAUUCAAAUAAUCGCAGUAUCGGCAUGAAAAGAACCAUGGUUUUCUAUAGGGGAAGAGCUCCUAAUGGACGCAAAACCGAUUGGAAAAUGAACGAGUAUAAAGCUGUUCAACCAGAUUCAUCUUCUUCCUCAUCCACUGCAGCUGCAUCACCAACGUUAAGGCAUGAAUUCAGCCUGUGUAGAGUGUACAAGAAAUCAAAAAACAUGAGAGCAUUUGAUAGAAGACCAGUGGGAGUUGAUGAAGAGAUCAUGAGAAGUCAUCAUCAAGCAGCAGCACCUGCUUCUGCUAUUAUUCAAGCUGAUCAUCACGAGUCAACUACAUCAUCUCAUGAUCUUCAAAACCCUCCAAUGGCGUUGGAGAGAUCAAACUCAGCUGCUGGGAGUUCAUCCUCAGAAGAUCAUGCCCCAGACAUUAAUCCAUCUCAAACAGAUGAAACUAGUAGCAGCCUUAUGUCUCUUGAUACUCAACCUUCAUGGGAUUGGGAUCAACUGGACUGGUAUUAUGGAGGAAGCAGUUAACUAAUUUCCACUCUAAAUAAAAAAUAAUGUAAUAUAAUUAAGAAUAACGAUGCUAAUCUGUUAAUUAUUUAGGAUUUAAUCAUAAAUCUCCUACUUACUAUUA